UGGCGCUGGCAUUUGAGCUACUGCUCAGGUGCGGUCGCGUUCGGUCUGAUGUGUGCCGAGAAGGUGGGGCGCUGGCGGAGCCGAGUCACUAAGCUUUAGCAGGCCGGGGCCACAGGCAAGGCUGAUGGGCUAGGGGAAAGGCUGCGUGUGAGACGGGGUGACGGCGGGGACCAGCCCGGGCAGGGACCGGGACUGGGGAUCCCUGAGCAGCCGGCUGGCCCGGCUGGAGGGAGUAGCUUAAGGGUGCGUUUCCAUCUCAAGAAAUCAGAGCGGGGAAGGCCACCCUGCGGGGAAGAGGAUAAGUGGAAGUGUCCGGAAGCGAGAAACUGGCAGCAGGCGUUAGUCUGGGGAAACGGAAGAGUCAGAGGAAAGGGGGAAGUUUGUGGAAGUAACUGACAGGGCUGAGCGACCCGGAAAGAAGGCUGGUGGAAGUGAAACAAGAGUGAAGUGAGGCGCGAGAGAAGAAGGUCUGUGUAAGUGGAUCGAGGGAAAGUGGAGGAAGAGUGCCCGAGGUGGCUGGAAGGCAGCGGAGCCGAGCGAGCCUGAGGGCGUUUGGAAAGUGGAAGAGUUGGUUGGUGGUAAAGAAAGUCAGGACCCGAAGUCGGCCUCGGAGAAUAGGCGACGUGUUCGGGAUGUGGGAUCAGAGACUGGUCAGAUUGGCCCUGCUGCAGCAGCUUCGAGCUGUCUAUGGCAUUAAGGUCAAGGGUGGCCGCGGUCAGUGCGAUCGCAGGAGACACGAAACUGCAGCUACGGAAAUAAAGGGUAAGGUAUUUGGAGUUCCCUUUAAUUCCUUGCCUCAUUCAGUCGUUCCAGAAUUUGGACACAUUCCAAGCUUUCUUGUUGAUGCAUGCACAUCUUUAAAAGAGCAUAUUCAUACAGAAGGGCUUUUUAGGAAGUCGGGGUCUGUUAUUCGUCUAAAGGCACUAAAGAGUAAACUGGAUCAAGGUGAAGCUUGCCUGUCUUCUGCACUUCCGUGUGAUGUUGCAGGCCUGCUUAAGCAGUUCUUCCGGGAAUUGCCAGAGCCUGUCCUCCCAGCUGAUCUGCAUGAAGCACUUUUCAAAGCUCAGCAGUUAGGAGCAGAGGAGAGGAAUAAAGCUACAUUGUUGCUGUCGUGUCUUAUGGCAAAUCCUACAGUUGAUACAUUAAGAUACUUCUUUAACUUUCUUAAGAGUGUUUCUCUUAGGGCAAGUGAGAAUAAAAUGGACAGCAGCAAUCUUGCAGUAAUAUUUGCACCAAAUCUUCUUCAGACAAGUGAAGGCCAUGAGAAGAUGUCUGCCAACACAGAGAAGAAGCUACGUCUGCAGGCAGCAGUAGUGCAGACUUUUAUUGACUGUGCAUCAGACAUUGGACGAGUGCCAGAUUUUAUCCUGGAAAAGAUACCAGCCAUGUUAGGUAUUGAUGGACUCUGUACUACUCCAUCCCUGGAAGGCUUUGAAGGAGACUUUGAAACUCCUGGUGAAUGUAAGAGAAAAAGAAGACAGAGUGUUGGAGAUUUUGUGAAUGGAGCUCUAAAUAAACUUAAAUCUAGCAGAACACCCUCUAUUACACCUCAACAAGAUAGGACAGCUCAGGCCUCUGUAUCACCAUUGAUUCUCACACCGAGUGUUAAGCGUAAACUGCCAGGAGAGUCUUCUCAAGCUUUCUCGAGUAAGAAAAGAAAGUCCAUCAAGCACAACUUGAACUUUGAGCUGUUGCCAAGUCACUUCUUCAGCAGCAAUUCUACACCAGUAUCAGUUCACUUGGAUACCAGUCCUGACGGGUCAUCUCAGACUUCUCUCUCACCGAUCGCCAUGGGUGGGAACCACUCGGUCAGUACAGAACUAAGGCGAAGUAAAAGGAUUGCCAGCAAAAAAGUUUACAGGGUAGAGUCAGGAAAAGCGGGCUGCUUCUCUCCCAAAGUCAGUCGUAAAGAAAAGACCCGAAGAUCUCUCCGUCUGAAAUUUAGUCUGGGGAAGAACAGAGAUUCAGAUGGAUGUUCUGUCAUCAAUAGAUAUGAAAAUGUUGGUCGACGACUAGCGAAUCAGCAAAAUCUAAAAAGUAGGAUUGAUUCUGUAAAGACAGGCCUGCUUUUUAGCCCAGAUAUUGAUGAAAGAUUGCUAAAGAAAGGCUCAGAAAAGAUCAGCAAAUCUGAGGAACACUUGUUAACUCCAAAUCAACUAGAUGGAACAGGUUACCGGAUGUCUUGGACCGAACCCAGUAAUUCAAGUUUUCAAGACAUGAGUGCAAAUGGAACUUCUCCAAUAAUGCAAAAUCUUGAGGUGAAGAGCUUUUCUUUGGAGCCUGACAUUACUGUUGAAAAAUCACCAGUUGUGUCCUGUGAGCUCAGGCCUUCCACCUUCCAUAGCCAGCCUGACAGCAGUGUGCUAGGGACCUCUCUUAGUGGGGAUGAAGGGAACCUGGCCUCCGAGACCUUGCAGAAGAUUCAGAAAGCAUUUUCCGAAUCUGGGGGUGAUCUUCAUAUGGUGAUAAAUCAUGAGCAGUCAUCAGUAACAAAUACGGGGGAAGAAGUGGAAUUCAGAGAUGUGACCGUGAGUGAGUCAAAGGGACAUGAUGGGAGCUCUGCUGGGGAGGAAGAGAACUGUCCCUCAGAACGGAAUUUCUCACCGGAUCAAAGCCCAGAGUUUGCCAGAGAAGCUGAUGAGGAAUGUUACUCAACUCAGAUGAAGGUGGAAUAUGAAGGCCUGCACUCAGAAACACCCAAAGCUGACCUCCUCAUCCUGCAAGCAUUCCCUGGUGAGGAGCCAGCUGAGGAACCACAGUCCCCAAGGAACCAGCUAAACACUCCAUCACAGGGGAAUGAGAAUGUGGGGGAGAGUGCUGGGGCAUCUGGAGCUCCCAAGGAAGAUGAGAGCACGUGCAGUGUGGUGGUCCUUUCGAAACCUCGGCCCCAGAGACUUUCGAGGCAACAGUCACUGGUGGAAAAAUGUGACAGUGCAGCUCCUGGGGCUCUACAAGUGACAGAGCACGGGAAGGUUUCUGAUCACAUACAGUGGUUUAAUAAACUUUCUCUGAAUGAACCGAACAGAGGAAAAGUGAAGUCACCUCUUAAAUUUCAGCGUACUCCUGUCCGUCAGUCUGUCAGAAGAAUUAAUUCUUUGUUGGAGUAUGGCAGGCAGCCUGUGAGGCAGAAGUUGGCAAUCCUUGGUGACGCAGCUUCUCCUCUCGUUAAAUCAGUGAGCUGUGACAGUGCUCUUCCCUCUUGUGUACAAAACACAUCAAAAGGUUCCACUGCUCCACAUAUCAUGUCAGGUCUGGAAGCACAGAAGUCUACGUCUUGUAAUAAAUCAAGUGUUGAGUUAACUUCUAAAUCUUUCACGAAAAUGAAGAGACAUCCGGAUCCUUUGAGUGCUUCUCUUGGGACUCCCAGACUUUGUAAACAGGAGAACAAGUCUAAUGGCCACAUUAAGUUUCCUUUGGAUGAUCUCACGAAUCAUGAGAGAUUAAAGUUUGUUGUAAAUAACAAUAUGGCCUUUUCUCCAGGGAUGAAAAACAGAGUUGUUCGGAAACCAUCAGAAAAAGAAAGGGUCUGGUACAAAGGUUCUCCUAAAAAUCCUAUUGGAAAGACUCAACUGCUCCCAACGAGUAAGCCUGUAGACUUGUAACUGUCAAAUGCAGCGCGCUCGUCAUCACUGUAAAUAAAAUUAGCAGUUGCUGGGUCAGGUUGCAGAAUGCAGAGUGCUGGUGUGUAGAUGCGGCGGGCGGGGCAGUUGCAGGAUGCUUGUGUGCUGGUGUAGCUCGGGUGCUUGUUAAGUAGGGUCUUUCUGAAGUGGUCCCACUGUAGAGCAGUUUGGACUGUCAUACUUGCACAUGGGGCUACUUUGUUUCUCUUUAUUAUGAUUUCCUGAAGCAGGGGUUAUAAUAAGGAAGAUAUUGUUGCCUAGGUUUAUUUAUAUAAAAGGGACAUGAGUUUUAUUCUGCAUGCUUGAUCAGAAGAAUGCAGGAAGGUGCGCUUGUGCCUCUUGUUAUUUCUUCACAUCAGGAACAUUGUCCACAGAAACUUCUAGGACAUAAAGGGAAUGGUGAAGCCCUGCAAACCUUAUGUCUUGAAUUAUUCAUGUUUGUUGCAUUGACCCAAAACCAAGAAGUUAAUUGGCCUCAGUGGUAUGUGAACACUUUUGUUGGAGACAGAGGGAUUUGGUCAGCAUUGCCCGUGGUUUCACUUGAAUUUUGAAUUAAAGACAGUGAAUAAAGCAUAAUGACAACAAAGUGCUGCGUACUUUAUAAUGUCGAGGUAAACGAUUAAUCGUAAGCCAUACUUCAUUUUUAAAGGUGAUUUGGAUCAUAUUUUGUCCAAUAUGACAAUGAAAUUUUUAGGGAGGUAUAAUUAAACUGGAAAAUUUUAAUCAAGGUGUUUUUUUCCUAUGAAGAUGGUUGAUUUUAGAAUUUGAAUUGUUAAUGUACCUCUGUACAUUUUACUUAGAUAAAUAUUGGAUAGUGUUAUCAUGUGUUUAAAUGUUAUUUAUUUAGCAUAGACAUUAAAAAUAGCU